UGUUGAUGUAUUCGAAGCAUGGCUAUACCGCCAAACUUUGAGACUUCGCUAAACUAUGCAAAGCACAAAUUAAACAUUAACUUUGAGCUAAAGGAUCAGCAACUUUCAACAUUAAGACAUCUUUACGAAGGGAAUGACUGUAUAGCUGUUUUGCCUACGGGAUAUGGCAAAAGUGUUAUAUUUCAACUUUUACCAUGGCUGCUGCAAAAGGAUCUGUCAGUUCCAGGGAUGAUCAUCGUUGUGUGUCCACUUAAUUCCUUGAUGCAGGACCAGGUUAUGUCAUUGUGUGACCGAGGGAUCAAAGCCUGUUUCCUUAAUUCACAAGGUACUGCUGGCAAGACAUACAAGAUGAUCUCACGCCAGAUUGAUGUGGAGACGCUAGAAGAAGAGGACGACAAUGAUCAAGAUGAAGUUGAUGCAACUGAAAAUGACAUUCAUGCACCAACUUAUGUCAAGAUGAAAGAACUGCAGCAGGGACAAUUCAACAUCAUCUAUGCUCAUCCAGAGACUCUUCUAAACAACAAGACAGUUGGACGUCUACUCAGAUCUCCACUUUUCCAAGAAAAAGUCUGCGUUGUUGUUGUUGAUGAAGUGCACAUGAUAUCCGAAUGGGGGCCAAAAUUCAGAACAGCAUUCAAAAAAUUAUCAGAGGUUAUCUGCAUUUUUCCAAAUGCUGCUCAUCUGGCACUGACUGCAACUGCUACCCCUCAAGCCAUUAAAGAACUUGUUGCAGAUCUUCAGAUUGUCGACUUUAAGACGAUCAGAAUAAACCCUGAUCGGGUGAACAUUUUUCUGGAAAUUCAAACUCGUCUGCCAAAUAUCAGGAAACAAGAAAAAUUAGACAACCUAAUUCAACCACUUGCUGAAGACCUGUGUGAUCGUCUGGCUGAGUUCCCUCUUACAGUUGUUUACAUCAACAAUGAUGAGGCACUGGGAUAUUGCUAUCAGUACGUAGCAAGACAUCUAAAGGAAAAGGCAUACAUUCCUAAAGAAUCACCAAUUCCAGAAAACCGGAUUUUUGCUCAGUACCACAAGGCAUACACAGAUGAAAUGAAAACACACAUUGUGUCUGAACUGAGGAAAUACAAACCAAAAAUUAGGUUGGUCCUGGCCACUGUUGCCUUAGGCAUGGGUCUGAAUGCACCUAGCAUCUGACGUGUAAUCCAUUUUCCCCCUACAACCCUUGAGAAGUAUUUCCAGGAAAUAGGUCGGGCAGGACGAGACGGCAAAAAGUCCAGUGCCCAACUAUUUUACAACAAGAAUGACAUUGCAAAGAAUCGUGAGGAUAUGUCAGAGGCAAUGAUCAAGUACUGCACAAACAGGACCACUUGCUUGAGGUUACAGCUUGUUUCAUAUUUUGGUUUCGAUUCAGUCAUGUUUUCGGAUAACCCAGCUGAUUGUUGUAUUAACUGCAGGACAACUAAGACAGGAAUGUGAAAUUUGUGAUUAUAUAACUUGACUGGGUGUUCUACUACACAGAACGAGUAUGGCCUCACAAAUGUAAUGUAGAGGUACCUGCGGAUUCUGUAAAAAGGGGCUGCUUACACUAACCAUGCUGACAGUGAUGAAUCUCCCUGUGAGUUCCGAGUAUUGUUCGCAACUACAUUUAGAAGGGUGCAUUAUUAUACUUCGUCAGGCGUCCCACGGAACACUUAUUUACUGAAUAAUUGCCUAGACAUAAUUGGAAGUGACUCAGGAUCUGAGAUAGAGGACUCGGUGGCUUAAAGUCCAUAGGACCCAGCAUGAAUAACUAUCGCUGAAUUUGUUCUAACUUUAAUAUAGUUAUCUUUAGCCCAUCAUUGUCAUUAUUUUGUGGUAUAGGCUUAUCAAACUGACUAUAUACAGAACCAAUCAUAUUACAAAUAAGUGUGUCAACAAAUGUAAGAGACUAGAAAAUAUAUAUUUCCAUCAUAAUGCUCUGUCAAACAAUUGAUGAAUAUUUCAAUACUAUAGUUUUGCAUGAAAGUAAUUGCAACCAGAGUUUUGUAUCACGUUGGAAAUUUUCCCAAUCUAAGAUCCUUUUAGGUGAGGUUAUAUAAGUACACUGUGCAAAAAAACCUAAUCUUGUGCCUUACACUUUACCGGUUUUAAUAUAUAUAUAUACAUAAAUAUGGGGUUGCAAUUACUUUCAUGACAAAUUACAUGUCAACCCACAGUAGUAUCAAUUGUUUUCUCUUAACAUAUGUACAUGUCACAUGAUCAUAAUGAAUGAUGGAGAUUGUCUCAAAGUCCAAGAAUUAAAAUUUUUAUACUUAUUAUGGUUAA